AUGCAUAACGGAUCCAUGACCACUGAGAUCGAUCCACUGCGGAACAUCGACGAAAGACUCACGAGAACUGCUGUGGAAAGUGAGAUCGCGCCGGUUAUUGAGAUCGCGACAUAUGCUGGGGUAGAUGUCUACGAAUGUUAUUGUCGAGGUCAAGAAUCGCGCAUUGUCAUGCGCAGGUGUCUGGAUAACUGGGUCAAUAUCACGCAAGUGUUCAAGAUCGCGUCGUUUUCCAAGACUCAGAGGACCAAGAUUCUCGAGAAAGAGUCCAAUAUGAUUAAACACGAGAAAAUCCAAGGUGGGUAUGGCCGGUUCCAGGGUACCUGGAUUCCUCUAGAGAACGCGCUCUAUCUGGUUGAGAAAUACAACGUCAACGAUCUAGUCGUGUCAACAAUACUCAAUUUCCUGCUUGACCCGACAAACCCGCCAGCUCGCAGAUCCAAGAACUCGGUUAUCAAGAAACAGUCGCCUGGAACUAAGAUCCAGUCGCCUUCGAGCUAUAACAAGACCCCUAAGAAGAGCGGCGCUGGAGCUAUUAAGAAGCACAAGAAGAAACUGGCGAGUUCCAUGGGAAAUGCGGUUCAUGCCGCUGCUGCGGUUAAGAAGUCGCAGGUGCAUCCUAGUCCUUUGCAGAACUUAGCAUUUCAAACACCGCAACACCAGCAGCACCAUUCUAUGCAACACAAUAACUCAACUGUGAUUGCUCCGGACCAGCAAACUCCGCUUCAUCCUACAGAUUACGAAACAACUCAAAAGCCUUUGCAGUUUUACCCGUACCCUCAACAACAGCCUGCAUUUCUGACAUUUGAUUCCAAUAACAUAAACCAGCAGCACCCAAUUAAGAAGCCAAAGAAGGUUGGCAAAAAUUCGUCUUCGAGUCAGUUUCAAGCACAGCACAGUUUCCGAGUUAUCAAGCAACAAUUCAUGGACCAAAGAAACCUCCAUUCCGCUCGCUCCAUCCCUCAUGCCAUGGUUACGAUCCACCCGCAACCAACCACACACAAGACUUCUCACUCAAAUGGAUCGAACGGUUCAAAUGGUUCGUCUAUUGAGUGCUUUUCGGCUCGCGAAGAACACUCGCCCAUAUCUUCUCGUUCCACUUCACCCAAGCUACGGCAGCAACAGGAACCUGAUGCUAAGAGUGAAGCUAGCGAAGAACGAACCACUGAGGAAGAAUAUAAAGAAAUUCUUUUGCAAGUGUUAUCAUCGGAUUACUCUGCUAAUGGUUCUGACACCAUCUUGCUUCCUGAUGAACUCUAUCAUCCACCGUUAGACUUGGAUAUUAACUUCACAAUCGAUGAUCAAGGUCAUACCACCUUGCAUUGGGCUGCUGCUAUGGCCAAUGUUCCAUUGAUAAAAGUCAUUCAAACUCUUCCCGUCAAUAUCUCACUUUGCAAUCAUCGCGGUUUCAAUGCUAUCACAAAAGCUUGCUUUUACAACAAUUGUUUCAAGGCUGGUGUGUUCCCAAAGGUUCUGGAGCUGCUUAAACCCUGCACAAUCACACCGGAUAUGAAUGGAAGACUCCCGCUGCACUAUUUGGUAGAAUUAAGUGUAAACAAGUCUAAAGACCCUGUGGUUAUAAAUUACUAUCUGGACAGUUUGUUGGAUACCUUGGCACAGGAAGAUGUUUCAUUACUGCGAAUGUGCCUUAACCAUCAAGACAAUGCAGGAAAUACAGUUCUCCACCUUGCAGCGCUAAAUCUCAAUCUAGAGCUUUGCAAUAAGCUUUGCUAUAUGGGAAGCUCCAUGACAAUCUUGAAUCUUGAGCAUGAGACUGCAACAUCAAUUUUGGCUAGAUUUAACUUGGUCCCUCCAACGUCUCAAGAGCUAGGCGGUGCAAUCCCUGAGCUGAUUGAGGAAAGUGAAACGCAAAAGAGCAAGCAAUUGAGGUUGAGCACACCCGUAAUGACAAGAAAAAAGAACGGGAGUUUCACCCAGGUCGAUGAUCAAACAGUAAAUUUAACACAAGAGCUUUCUUCGAUCUCUAGCAUCCCUGACUCUUUUGCAGACUCCUCAAGGAUCAAAAGCCCGCGGGGCAUGAGUUCGCUAGCAAUUCCUGAUCCACUUUCGGUCUCAUCAACGGUCCACAAAGGAAUCAAGCCCACAGCUGCUAUCCCACUAAUAAAGCUUGAGAGGGCCCGAUCGUCGCAGACACUUACUAAACAACUCUCUAAUCUUACUGCGUCACUUACAAAUUCUGUGGACGAAGAAAUAAGUGGUUUAGAGCUGGAAAAGGAGAAAGUUCAAGGAUGCAUUGAGAGUGUGGACAAUUCGCUCAAGAACAAUAAACAAUUAAUGCAAGAGAUUUUACAGGGGUUGCCACAUUCGGAGCAGUUGCAUGACGAUGUCUUCGAGCUUUCAAAACAAUUGGAGUCCCACAUGGCACUGCUGGCUAACUCGAUCGAAAAAUCACAAGCGUUGGCACUCGCCACAUGGGUACACGAAGAAGAAUCUACAAUGACCUCUAACUCGACUUCACCGCACAAGGACGGAAUAACAAACUCACCGGUCCGCGUGAUCGGUGAGCACUUGCUGCGACUUGGGCUGCAACUCACGCUGCUGCAGUUUAGUCGUAAGCACACGAUCGAACGGCUUUCUCGAAGCAAAUCGGAAAUUGGCUCUACUCCUAAGAUCAAGAAGUAUCGCAAGCUUAUAGGAACUACUAUCGAAGAUAUUGACUCGAAGCUCGACGAUAUUGAAAAGGAUUUACGCGCAAGCAUCUGA